CCGCGGAAAUGCCGGAGCGAGCGAGUGUGAUGGUGGGAGCCGGGGGUCUGCGCUCCGGGACGGCGCUGCUCCCCGUGCGUUGACCAUGCUGAUAACGCUGUGCUACGUCUACCUGUGGGUGCGCUUCCAGAAGUGCUACACGGCGGUGAUCCGCAGCGCGCUGAGGCGGCUGAGCGCGAGCCGGAGCGGAGUGGCUUUCUGCGCCCUGCGCGAGCACAGCAGCCCCGCAGCCUUCCUCACGCGGGGCAACAAGGCCAUUUACAUCACCGAGCCGCAGGCAUGUGAUGACCUCAGCAAGUGGACGCUGCUUUUGGGGUCCUCUCUGAUUAGUGGUCCAAGAGUUGAGAAUAUUGCCUUUAUUAUAGAGGCUACAGCAGGACAGAGAGCGGACCAAUCACCUCAAAGAGUGAAUAAGAAAGGGCUGAAGUGGUCGGACUAUUGCCUUCCUCUGGCCUGCAGUCCAGGGCAGCCCUAUAGGGCAGUGGCUGAGGCCAGCCUGGACAACUUCAGCACUCUGGGAGUGGCGUUUCUGGAAGAUCGUUUGCAGAUGGAAAAUGGCCUCAUACCGGAAAAAAUAGUUUCGGUGUUACUCAGGGAAUCUGCGCUGAAAGAACUCUUUGAAAAGCAGAAGUCGGACAAGGAGAAAAAGCUUGAGUCACUCCCCGCCAGUGCGCCGAAAGAGAUUGUGUUGUCCGCCGCUUCUCCGUGUGAGCAGGGGCCUGUGGAUGUGCUGCAGGUGCGCAGGAAAAGCAGCCUUCGUUUGUCAGCCGUGCGGCGUGACUCGGACGCGUCCAGUGGCGGCAGUGAGCGCAGACCUUUACGUGACCAGCAGGUGGAGUCAGAGCACGCAGCAGAGCACCACCACAUGGAGGGCCACCACCUGCACCUGUCCAGCUGCCAUGAGUGCCUGGAGCUGGAGAACAGCACCAUUCUGUCAGUGAAGUACGCCUCAGUGGAGAACAUUCCCGACCUGCCAGAUGACUAUGAGUGCAUGGGCAUGGACGAUGAGGAGGAAGCAGGCGAGAGCUUUUCGCCCUACUUCUCAGGCCAGAGCCAGCGAGUGAACGCCAGCGGAAAACCUCCAAACGUGCUCGUGUUUACGGGAGGAUGCGAGGAACGUUACAAGCAUGUGCGCUCUCUGCUGACUGAGUGCAUCGACAUGGACAGCUACACUGUCUACCCUUUACAGCCACAGCAGGCACUGGGUGAGCCGUGGCUGGAGAGCGCUCUGCUGCUGGUGCUGGCCACUGACCAGCCGCUUACGCCCCAGCUGCAGCUGCGCUUCCUGGCCUACCUGAGCCAGGGUGGAAAGGUCCUAGGCCUGUCAAGUACUCUGUGCCCAGCCGGACUCCGACUGAAGCCCAGAGAGGCACAGAGGGGCAGCGUCUGCAGACUGAGCUUCACCAAGGCGGACAGUACGGAGGUACAACUGAGUGUGCUGGCCAGCGGGAGCGUAUACGAGCGUGAGCCUCAUGAGGGCAACAGCGCACAGGUGGAGCUGUGGGGGGAGCUGAGUACCGAGGAGAAGGACAUGGUCAUCGUCAGAGUGACCCAUGGAGAGGACAGCGGGGAAGCCGUUCUGUGUCAGGUGCAUUUGGAGACUGCUCCGGAUGCUGAGCAGGUGCAGAGUUCUACUGGUUUCUCUGAGCUGAAGAUGAGUAAUGCGAGGCGGUAUGAGGUCCUGACUGAGAUCCUCACCUCUCUGGGCCUGAGCUGUGAGCUGAGCCAGAUGCCUCCACCCAGCCCUGUCUACCUGCUCUCUGCCCAGCCGGAUCUGAAGAGUGCGUUCGUGCACUGGUUGCGGGGGCAGGUGGAUGGAGAGGGUGUGCUGCACUCUCUGAAGACCAGGCUGAGAGUGGUGUGGGGCAGAGAAGAGCCAGCUGAGCUGGCUGAGGGAGAGCUGGCUCUGCACACUGAGGCUCCAGAGUUCCUCUCUGAACAUUUCAGCAUUCAGAUGUACAGCCAGCACCUGCAGAGCCAGCGACUGGGCCGCACCCUGCUGUAUGCUGAUGUCACGCCAACCACCAUGGACCUGCUGGAAGGAUUGAUGUUGAAGUUGCCAGAGGACAUGGGGUUAAUUGCCAUAGCAGCUCGGCAGACUAAGGGAAAAGGGCGUGGGGGAAAUGCAUGGUUGAGUCCGCUGGGCUGUGCCAUGUUCACGCUGCAUCUCCAGGUGGACAUUAGCUCACGACUUGGACAGAGAAUCCCCUUCCUACAACACCUUGCUGCUGUUGCUAUGGUGGAGGCUGUACGCACGCUGCCUGGAUACGAGGACAUUGACCUGAGAGUGAAAUGGCCCAAUGAUAUUUACUACGGUAACCUGAUGAAGCUCGGAGGAGUGCUAGUCAACUCGACUGUAAUGGGAUCCACCUUCCAUCUCCUCAUUGGUUGUGGAUAUAAUGUGAGCAACAGUAACCCCACCAUCUGCAUAAAUGACCUGGUGGUGCAGCAGAACUGGGAGAGGGGUGGCAGUUUGAAGCCCCUGAGCUCGGCUCAGCUCAUCGCUCGCUCUGUCACUCUGCUGGAGCAGCUCAUCUUCCAGUUCCAGCAGCAGGGGCCUCAGGCUGUACUGCCCCUCUACUACAAGAGAUGGGUGCACGGUGGUACGCAGGUGCGCUUGUGGAGCGAGGAUGGUCCAGUGGCUGAUGUUAUCGGGCUGGACGAUCACGGCUUCCUGCAAGUGCGCUCUCGCGAGCAGGGUCUCGUCUCAGUCCAGCCGGACGGAAACUCUUUUGACAUGCUGAGGAACCUCAUCGUCACCAAGCACAACUAGACCCUCGACAUAAAGAUGACAGCACAGACUUAGCGCAGCUACAUCCCAUGUCAUAUCAAAACCUCAUAGCUCCUUUUUGGUUAUUCGUUUUUUCUUUUUUCCACCACUUGAAAAGACCAGCUGCCCUUCACAUUGGGCGAGCAUUUCAUGAUGAAUGCACCAGUAAAAAUGGACCAACAUUAUUUAGGAUAUGAUCUGAUGCAGUUACUGUAAAUGAAUAAUGUUAGUAAUGUACGUUUUCUUUGCUUAAACUAUCUAGUUACCACUUAUUACAAGGUUUUGUUAUGACUGUGAUGAUGUACAGGGAAGAUUUAAACACUUAAGAAGAUCAGGAAAGUUACAGAGAUGUUCUCGGAGAACUCAGCAGUUGGUUCUUCUCUGUCUAGAUUUUCCACUCAGCUUAUUUCUUUGUUUUAUUUAAUGUAAGGACUUUUGAUUAGCACCUGUUUUGCAAACUGUUGAGAUUUGUAGUCUACAGUUGCUCAAGACAAGCUUUGCUUUCUGCCUUUGGGGACUUUCACAGUGUCGAAAUGAAUUGAUGGUGAGUUCCGAUUUUCUUUAGGCUUAUGCUCUUGGAUUUGUUUAGAAGCCUUUAUUUUGCUAUUUUUGUUUAGCAAAUCUCACUUCUUACAUACUUGAACUUCGACAGGCGUUUCUAUCACUUUAUCGCUUAACAUAUGAACAUGUCUAGUUAACUUGCGUAGUGGGUGGGCUGAUCUGUUGACAGAGAAUCAGAACAUCCUGAGUUCAGCACUUAACACAUUCACUGCUUUGCUUUAAUUCCUUAGGCUACAGAUAUGACUUGACUGAAUAACCACUUAUGUUAAUCAGAAGAAGCACAGCUUUUUAAAUACAUUUUCAAGGCUAUCUAUACCAGCAUGUUGCAACACACGGUGAUCAGAAAAUGCAUGUUUGCUUUGAAGAACUUCAAAAAACACGAAGGUGUACGAAGUCUGCUUCCAUUUAGUUGUGCUUGUUGCUGCAGACAUCCUACUUCGACCAAAAACAUAGAGCAGCAAUAAAGAACUACUCAUAAUGAUGGUUCUACUGGAGAUGCUUAGCAUUUAUUUGGGACUUUUAUUUUAUAAUAUGUGCAAAUGUCUCUAUAAGGCUAUAAGGUUGCAGCAGAGCACAUUAAGUCUUGUUUACUGUGUCCUAGUACAGGGUUUUUUAACGUAUCAGAAACAACAGACUACAGUGUUUUACUUUAAGCCUUAUAUUUCAUUUGUAAAUUGCUGAUAGUUUGUGGUUAUUUGACUGCAGUUUGUAACUUUACAUGAGCAUGCGUACCCUUUAUACAUCUGAACUGAGGCUAUAGUUGCUGUGUGUCUGCAUUAAGGAUUAUUUUUUCAAGGUGAUGUAUAUUUUGGCUCUCACAUCAGCAUAUAAACAUAAGGAAUCACUUCAUAUUUUGUAAUAAUCAACAGUUUGUAUGAAGAUGUUAUUUCUUCUCUGUGUUGUUCCAGUAUUACAUAGAGUGGCUUUAAAUUCAAAUAAAAGAAAGUACUGACUGAA